AGAGUUGCCACUAACGCAACCGUGUUCUACUCAGCCAUCAAUCUGGGCAGAGUAAAACAUCUGACUGUAAGAGUGGUGUGCAAGAUUUCUCAUUUAGGCAGCACGACGGCAGCAGUGGCAAAAAGAUAAAAUUUAUUUUAAUUUUGCUUCGUUUCCCAAUUUCUUGCAACUUUUUUGAUCAAGGUUCUUGCAUUUUCACGGGCACGUUUGUACGGCGACGUUAAACGCUGCAGCGUUAAAGCUGCAAAUAUUGGAAGCCAAACGCGGAACCAAAGCGACCAAAAUUCUGAGCUAAAACAAUCAAGCGGACGUCAGACGGCAACACAUGGAACAUCACACAUACGCGAAAAGUGGCUCGAAGAAAUGGAGCGUGGAGGAGAAGCGCCAGUUAGUUAUGCAGCGCAUUGCCCAUGAUGAUUUAUUCUCGAAGCACUCUCCUACAAACAUCGAUGCAUGGAAAAAAUUUAAGGACUUGGCUAAGAUAAACGACCACAGCGAGAAUGCUCUGCGCAAGCAGUGGUUAGGCAUGGUUCAGCGUUAUCGCAAGCUGAAGGCCCAAAUUGUUAUUUCCCCUAUGGAUGAUAAAUCGAUUGCAGAUUUAAACAAGGAAUGGGAGUUUUUCAGCCUCAUUCACGCCUACAUGAAUCAAAAGACCAACGACCUGCAUUCAUAUGCGCUGAAGGAACCGAAUCAGGCCAAUGAACAAACCAACAAUUUAGCCAUAGUUGGUGUUUACUCUUGUGAUCAGGCCGAGCUAUCGCCUCAUAUGCUGGGUGUUCUUAACGAUCAUAGUUUUGGCGAAAAGUCUGAAAGGAAAGAUGAGGGUGAGGAAUCGGAAGAUUCAAUGCCCCAGAAGGAUUCUGUCGGUAAUACCAAAGAAGGCGUAAAAGAGGAACCAGUAGACGAAGCCGACCAGGAUGUGAAAGAUAAUGCGGCAACAACGGCCACAAACGGAGAGACGGAGCUUUUGGUGUGUGCUCCUAAGCGCGAAAACUUCAAUCAUAAUCCUGAGCCGGGCGACGGUGCACAGCGAGAGAGUGUACAAAGGAUGCAGGAGCUGGAUGUGGUGCUGGAACGAGGGAAUAGUCCAGCAGAAAUUGUUGGCGAGUACAUGUCGCCGGAGCAAUCUUGUGUGGAGAUCGAUGAUGACUACGAAAUGGGUCCAGUCAUGAUUGGUGAGGAAGUCUCCAAAUCUAACUACAAUCAAUUUUCUCGCAAAGUGAGCGCCAAACGUUCACUUGCCUUCGACCAUGGGGCAAACAGACCCCGUGUUCGACCCAAGAAAAAGAAGGAAUUGACUGAAAAGGAAAAGUAUUAUCGCCAUCGUCGUCACUAUGAGCAGCGCAUGGAGUUGCGCGUAGCUACUAUGUGCACAGUUGUGGGCCAGGCUCUGCGGGAGCUGGCGCCUAGCGCUAAUGUGGAUCUAUUAAUUGCCAUGGGUCAGGACCUAGGCGAUUCCAAUAGCAGCUCUAGUACAGAUGACAACACCGACAGCGACAGCAAUGCCUAAUACAGACCGGGAGGUGAGAUGCGAAGAACUUCAAGCAUAAGAUGCUACAUGUUCCUCAUUAUCAACGCAACUACUACACAUGAUUUUUUUUUUUGACACUUUCCAUCAUUCAAUUGAAUUUUGCAUCUCAUUCAUACAUAAGUAUACAUAAUUAUAUACCAAGAAAAUCAAAAUUAUUGAAUGAAAAGACUUGAAAAGCAAAAGCGCCACUCGAUUUGAGAUCGUAUUGACAUAAUAGAAAAUAAAAUACACUUAAAACAUACUCGUUUAAGUAAUGAUAUAUGUAUAGUUUACAUAAAAACUAACACACUACUUUACACAACAAAAUACAAGAGCAGCGGCAAACCAUGAUUUGCAUAAGAUAGAAAACCUUCGGCAUGCCAAAGUAUUUUUUGUUUUUCAACACUUGCCAAAGAUUAAUUGUUGUACCCUUAUAAUAUAAAUAUAAAUUUUUUCACGGCAAUGUUCAUCAGGCGUCCGGGCCACCGCUCCAUAAUCUAUGUACAAUACCUAAUAUUUUAAGGAAUAUUAUCUAAGAAAGACAAAUAAAGUUGUUGUUGAUGACCUAA